AUGUGUUGCUCUGGCGGUGUUGGUCUUGCUGCUUCUGCUGAAUUUUAUAGUGAAACAAAUUCGAGACUAUUAGAAAAACUACAAUCUGAUAUACAAACAAUUGCAGUUGACGAAAUUAUUAAUAUUGAUCAAAUAAUUUCUACCAAAUGGACCAUAGAAAAGCUUGAUAAUAGAGCGUCAAGCAAAAUAUUUAGAUUGACUAUAGUAUUUCGUCUUCAACAGCAAAGAGCUGCAUUAACAACAGUACCUUCUGUACGCGAAUCAAUUGAUGGAAGAUCAAUUCGGUUGUAUCCAUCUGCUGAAACUUCAACUGCUUUUGUUGUUUUACCAGAUCUUGAACAAGUCACAACGCCAUUAGAUAAUGAACAAUACUCUCAACAUGUAAUUACUCCAGCUACCCCUCCACCACCAUCCUAUUAUAAAGUCAUUAAUUCAUUUUCACAAGGAAUCUUUAGUGAUUGUCCAAAAUGUAAUAAUCAAAAAUGUGUAUUUAAUGCAAAUUAUUAUAAAAGUGGUAUUCAUCAAUAUGUAGAAUCGGUAGUUGCUGUUUUAACACAUAUAAAUGAUUAUCUAUUUUUUAGUGGAAUAAUUGUGUAUGCAUUAUGUUUACAUGUUCAUAAUACAUACAAAAUGACAUCAUCAGAACAAUUGAAAAAAAUUACAGUUAUUGGUUCUGGUAAUUGGGGAACUACAAUUGCUAUUCAUAUUGGUGAAAAAGUUCGUGAAUUAAAAGAUAAAUAUGAUCAAAAACUUAUGAUGUGGUGUAAAGAAGAAACACUAGAAAAUGGUAAAAAACUAACUGAAGUUAUUAAUGAACAACAUGAAAAUAUUAAAUAUUUACCGCAUGAAAGAAUUCCUGAUAAUGUUGUUGCUGAACCGGAUCUUUGUGCAUCAGUUAAAGAUGCCGAUAUACUUAUAUUUGUUAUACCUCAUCAAUUUGUUAAAAAGACUUGCGCACAAUUAAAAAAUAAAAUAAAACCUACUGCUUUUGCUGUAACAUUAAUUAAAGGAUUUUAUCUUGAUGAAGAAACCAAAGAACUUUUAUUAGUUUCACAAGUAAUUAAAAAAACAUUAAACAUUCAUUGUCUUUGUCUAAUGGGAGCUAAUAUUGCUCAUGAAGUAGCUGAAAAAGUUUUUUGUGAAGCAACAGUCGGUUCACGUGAUGAUAAUCAUAGUGAAAUCGUUCGAGAAUUGAUCGAUACACCUAAUUUUCGUUUACGUUUUUAUCCUGAUAUUGAAAUAAUUGAAAUUCUUGGUGGUUUAAAGAAUGUCAUAGCUAUGUGUGCUGGUUUCGCCGAUGGUUUAAAUGUUGGUUUUAAUACUCGAGCUGCUGUACUUCGAUUAGGUUUUCGAGAAAUGAUCAAUUUUUGUCGUUUACAUGAAAAAGAAUCUACAGCAGAAGUUUAUUUAGAAUCAUGUGGUUUUGCUGAUUUAAUUGCAUCAUCAUUAGGUGGAAGAAAUUAUAAUGGAGCAAAAAAAUUAGCUGAAACAAAUAAAUCAUUAAAAGAAAUUGAAAAAGAAGAUCUUAAUGGACAGUCAUUACAAGGUCCUGGAACUGCUAAAGAAGUUUAUCGUCUACUUGAAGAAAAAAAUUUAUUAGAUCAAUUUCCUAUAUUUCGUGAUGCUUAUCUUAUUUGUGAACAAAAAAUUGAACCAAAAAAAUUAAUAGAAAAUUUACCUAAUCAUCCAGAAUUUAAUCAAAAAUAG